AAAAGAUUUUGGUAUCCAAAACAGACUCUGAUAUUGAUAAUGUUGAAAAAAGUAUAUGUAGUGAACAACAUGUUAUCCAAACCGAGACUAUACAUAGUUCUGAUGAGGUUGUCAUAGAACCUUCAGUGCCUCUGUCAGUUGAUACUAAACAAGAAGUAGAACCAGUGAAAACAAAGCCACUGGAUGAUAUUCUAGUCACAAAGUCUGAAAUUAUUCAAUCCUCUUUGGUUGAUCAAAGUAAUAUUGAGGUAUCGCCUUCUGUUGAGGCAGAUAUUCCAACAAUUAAACCCACCCCCACUGUGCUAAUAGACAAUAGUGCUGCCACUGCAAGUGAGAUGAAAACUGUGCCUGAAGAAACGCCGCCGCUACCUGAUGUAGAAAAGACAUUCUAUGCAGAAAAAGAUGCUCAUGAGUUGCCACUUGGUGAACAGUCUAAAAGUGGUGUAGUUUUACCAACAAGCAAGGAAUCUAUAUUUAUGAGGUUGAAUAAUCGAAUCAAGGAUUUGGAGUACAAUAUGUCUUUAAGUCAGCAGUAUUUACAGGAACUAAGUCAAAGGUAUCGAAAGCAGAUGGAUGAGAUGCAGAAAAAUUUUAAUAAAACUGUUGGUAGACUUACUGAUAGUUCACAGAUAGCUGAUGAGAAGGACCACAAACAACAGGAUACAAUAGAGAAUCUAGAAACUCAGCUUGCUCGUUUGACAAAAUUAGUUGAGAAUGUCUCACUGGAAAUGAAAGAUAUGCAACAUCAAAUGAUUGAACGGCAUUUCUUUCUAAUGCUUGUAGAAGUUGUCAGUCUGAGCUUUCUCUUUUUAUUCUGUGUUACACGGCAGAGAAGAAGAGUUCAUGACAUUGCACCAAAUAAGCCUGUGAUUACAAUUGAUUCUCAUUCCAAGAAAAAAACAAAACUUAAAAGACGUAAUUCUGUUGAUGGAUCAGUUGGACAUAAAAAAUUAGAAUUAGGUAAAUUGAAAAAGAAACAUCAUGAUGACGAGAAUAUUUCAAUAACUGGUGAUUACAGUGAUUUGUUAAUAGUGAAACCAACCAAGUCUCUAUCAGUGGUAUUAAAAAAG